GUUGUACAUUUGCACUAGUGGUUCAGUCACGAUGUCGAUUCUCAAGUGUAAUGUUGUGCUCCUAAGUUUGAUGGUGGCCAUGACAUAUGGCGCUGUUAAUUAUAAUGGUGCGUCGAUCAGGGAAGUGGCCGACGAUGUGAUGGUGCACGGCGAAGGGCCGUUUUGGGAUCACGAGAACAACGUCUUGUAUUUCGUCGAUAUUUCUCAGCAUCGUGUUUACAGACUUUUUGAAAACCAUUUAGAAUAUGUUCAAUUAGACACUGACGUGAGUUUUGUGAUCCCAGUCCGUGGACAACAAGGCCUGUUUGUCAUUGGAUUGGGCACUACGUUGGCUAGUCUCCGAUGGAAUCUUAACGAGAAAACUAAUGAAGUCGUUAAGCUGACCACUGUCGACAGCAAUAAACCAGGCAACCGAUGGAACGAUGCAAAAGCAGAUACCAACGGGUACUUGUGGGCUGGCACCAUGGGAUUCGAAGACGCCGCUGGAAAUAUUCCCCCGGGACGUGGAACUUUGUACAAGCUUAAUGACACCAGUUGUUUUGAAAGCCUAGAACCCGUCUUACCUGGUGUUUCUGUUUCCAACGGGCUGGCGUGGAAUGGCGACAGUACAAGGAUGUAUUACAUAGAUUCGCCGACCAAGCAAAUAGCGGUUUUCAACUAUAAUCCUGAUACGGCUUCUAUUUCGAACCGGAAAACGUUCUACGAUUUUAAGUCGAACAAUAUACCGGGUGUUCCGGAUGGUAUGACGAUCGACGUUAACGGUGAUCUCUGGAUCGCUAACUAUGAUGGUGCUCAGGUACUGCAUGUGAGUGGUACCAGUGGAAAGUUGUUGGGAAAGUUAAAGAUUCCCGCCGAAAAGGUUUCAUCUGUCACGUUUGGUGGACCACAGAUGGACAAGCUAUAUGUAACGACAAUUAGUCGCGGAGUGACACCAGAAAAAUUCCACGAGUAUCCGAUGACGGGAAAGGUGUUAGAAGUAUCUGGUCUCGGAGUCAGAGGUACAAAGAAUAAUCGAAUACGUGAAAAGUGUUUUCGACCGUCGUAAAUAUUUAGUAUAGUGAGCAAAAAGUGAUUUGAAUUUUAUUAAACAUGACCUCGUCGUACAAAAAAUAAUCCAUAUUCGUCGUUUGAUACAUAUUUAAUAUCUAAUUGUAUUUUAAUUAUUAUCUUUGUGAUUUUGAUCGUGACUGUUAUGGAACCAUGAUUAAAGUUUAAUUUUCCAAUGUACAUUUACACUGUAACCACCAUUUGAAUGUUAGUGUACAAUACUAUACACUUAUAUUGAGUUAUAAAUAAAUAAAAUUAUUGUUUGA